AUGUCCAAUUCAAAUUCAGGCUUUAAGGAAAAGAGUGACAACGAUGGAGCACUCUGCCAGCUGUCUAUGACUGAUGUCGAAGCUGAAUUGAACCAUGGAAGCCAAACCCCGGUGCUCGCAAAAACCUUUAACCUGCUCAGUGCCUGUACAACUGGAAUGACCACCGGGAACGUAUGGGCAGUGCUGGGUGGUGGCAUUGUCACCUCCCUCUACAACGGUGGUCCUCCCCGCGCCAUAUAUGAAUUUACCCUCGUUGCCCUCCUGUACUGUCCAAUUGCCGCCUCCAUCGCAGAGCUAUCAUCGGCAGUUCCGACAUCUGGAGGAGUAUACCACUGGGCCACAUUGACCGCCGGGCCUCGUUACGGACGCAUCUGCGGCUGGUUUGCCGGUUGGUUGAAUGGUCUGGCAUGGGCUUUCGCGAUCUGUGAGCGCUGGCACGUUUUCAUCUGUUACCUGAUCACGGCUGCGCAGACUAGGCUCAUUCUUCAUCGUUGCAAAUCUUCUGAUCAUUUUGAUGGUCUGUGCUAUCAUCCUAGCCGGGACGGCGCGGGCUAUGCAUCAAGCAGCUUUGUGUGGAAGGACUGGAAGAACAUGACCGGAUUCUCAAGCCAGGGCUUCACGUUUCUCGCUGGCAUGCUUAAUGGCGCCUUCGGUGUCGGUGCAGUCGACGCGGUUACACAUCUCAGCGAAGAAAUUCCACAAGCGGCGAAAAAUGUCCCUAAAGCCAUAGCCUGUCAAGUGGUCAUCGGAUUCGUAACAGGCUUCUGCUACCUCGUUGCCAUGUUCUAUGCUGUUACCGACUUGCCGAAAAUCAUGAACUCGGACUCCGUGUCUCCGCUUGGGGAAAUCUACUUGCAAGCAACUGGGUCCAAAGCUGGCGCUUGGGUUGCUAUAUCACUGCGGGGAGAACCAUCUACUCGCUUGGUUGUGAUGAUGCCACUCCUUUUCGGCCACUGGAUCGGAGCGGUUAGUGUCCGAUGGCACAGUCCUCUAUAUGCCACUAUGGCCUGUGGGAUAUUCGUGAUUUGUAUGGGAGCAAUCUACGUGGGAUCGCUCACCGCGUUUAAUGCUUUCAUCAACUCUUUUGUCGUGCUCACGACCGUGUCAUACCUUCUUGCCAUCCUCCCGCACCUUAUCACAGGGCGACGAAACAUUCGACCUGGUUCGUUCUGGUUGGGCCGAUACGGCUUUGCUAUCAAUGCCAUGUACCGACCACCCCGGAAUCGAUGA